GCAAAAAGCAAAAAGCAAAAAGCAAAAAGCAAAAAGGAAAAAGCAAAAAGCAAAAGGCAAAAAGCAAAAAGCAAAAAGCAAAAAGCAAAAAGCAAAAAGCAAAAAGCAAAACAAAAAGCAAGAAGCAAAAAGCCAAAAGCAAAAUGCAAAAAGCAAAAAAGCAAUGAACAAAAAGCAAAAAAGCAAUGA